AUGUCGAACUGGUUUCGUACAGCUAACCUGUUCAAUAAGACCCAUAGCCUAUUACCAUCUGCUCACAACGCAUCAGAAAUACCAUUCCUUCAGCUUGCAAAUGACAGAAUGCAUGUGUUCGGAUGUGCAUACGUCAUAUGCGAUUCUGGUGACAAACCCGAAGGUGACAUAGAGGAUGACGAUUAUUUUGACUGGUUCGUAUCCCGUAAUGUAUCGCUCACUUGCACAUAUGGACAACCGUAA